CACAGGAAGCGUCAUGGAUCUCGUCCAAUGACAGGAACGGUGCCUCCCAGUCAGUGGAAGUAGUUUUUCUCCGAUAGCGAGAAGGUGAACAAGUGUCUCCUAACGUGAGGUAAAAAUUGGUAAAUGUAGGAAAUUUGCUCGUUAUUUUAACCUGGAAAGUACUCGUUCUGCAUGUGUACACUACACUGUAGUACACAUUUGAGGCGCAGUGCAUACAAAUAGAUGCACUGGCUUAGGAGUCCACUCCAAAAAACAUUUGCUCCACUGCUCACACAGAGGCUAUUCUGUUCACAGAAGCAACUCCCCAUUUUAACACUCUUCACAAAGGAUCCAUGCCCACUUUGUGAUGAUGCAAAAGAAGUCCUUGAACCAUAUAAGCACAGAUUCAUACUACAUCAAGUGGACAUAACCGCGCCCGACAAUAAAGUAUGGUACGAUAGGUACAAGUUUGACAUACCUGUAUUCCAUCUGAAUGGCCAGUUUCUAAUGAUGCAUCGAGUCAACACAACACUUCUUGAGAAGAGUUUAUCAAAGCUCGAGGACAGCUAGUUCAUGGGCUUCAUGUAUGCAUCAAUAAUAUGUUUUUCUUUUUUCUUUUCUUCGAUCACAACAUGUUUUUGGCUGUGAGGAGAUUUUCUAGGCGAUAUGUAAUAAAGAUCAUGUAUAUUUCACCGUGA